AUGUCUUCUAUUAUGAAAUUAUUUGCCGUAAUAAGUGUUUUGAUUGUUCUAAUAACUCAACUCACAUUUGCACAAGGGCCAUGUCCAUUAGAAGAAGAUCCAAUACAAUUGGCUGAAUGUGCUCAACUUGAUGUUCAAGCCAUUAUACAAGCAGCAAAGGGCAAUUUAAAACUAUUUUGUAAUUUAGCUGAACGAUACAUGGAAUGUUUCAAAACUAAAACUCGAAAUUGUAUUGGUGGAUGGGUAGCAGAAGGUGGUUUUACUGAAUUACAAAAUUUAGCUCAAUGGUGUUGUGUUAAUCCAGGUGUUCAAGAACCCGAUGAAUGUCCACUACGUCGUAAUCCCAAAUGUUUUUCGGGCGAUGGUUAUGUUUCAAUGGCAAAUGGCAAUACAAAAGUUUUACGUGAUGUUCGACCAGGUGAUCGUGUCCUCGUUAUGAAUUCCGAAAAACAAAUUGUAGAAGAUGAAAUUAUGAUGAUGCUUGAUAGUCAACCAAAUCGACCUGCUUUAUUCUAUUCCAUUGAAACUGAAACUGGCCAUCGUUUAAGUUUGACAGGAAGUCACUUUAUUGCUGUUAACAAUAAUGAUCGUUUUAUUCCAGCGAAUACAAUCAAAGCACAUGAUACUGUUUUCAUUCAUCAUCAGGGUAAACUUCAACCAGUUCGUGUUCGAAAUGUAACUGAAGAAUAUAAAGUUGGUUAUGUCACACCAAUGACUGGUCAAGGUACUUUAAUUGUUAAUGGUAUGGCUGCAUCAUGCUAUUCGAGUGUAGUUAGCCAUGAUUUGGCUCAUAAUAUGUUAACACCACUUCGUUGGUGGUAUCGUUUUGCAAAACUUUUCUCUGUUCAAACUCCAUUUGGUUGUACACCUGAUAGUGGCAUUCAUUGGAUACCAAAAGCAAUGCUAGAAUUAACAGAAAAAUAUUUACCAAGUGUACUGACAACACAAAGUUUAUAA